CCGCACCGUUCAAAACUGACAGUUUAAGGUUAAACUUUUGCCGCCAGUCGAAAGCUCAAAAUGGACAACAUCAGGGAUAUCGUGAACGGCGCUCAAUUGUCCAGAUUUGUCAACAAAAAGGUGAGCAUUCUGGGGCACGUGACGGAAGUCGCCUCGAACAGUUUGUCAUUCGAUAUGAGGACAGUGGAUAAUGUUAUUGUGAAGAUCAAUUUGAAGAGACCACUCACUUCACCGCUUGAAGGAUAUGUGGAGGUUAUCGGCACGUCACAAGGAAAGACAGUUUUGGCGGAUGAUUUUAUUAUAUUUAACAACGAAAAAAUGGAUGUGAAGUCUCACAAUACCUUAUGCCAACUUUUGUACACCGUACCAAACAUUUGGAGCACCUCAUAGUCAUUAUUAACAUUGUUUCUAUAAUUAAGUGUAUUUUUAUUAAUUGCCUAUAUAAAAUAAACGCCGUUUUUUAUUA